AUGGAAAGUAAAGUAUCUACUUUUAAGAUAGAAGAACGUAACACAUGUGUGUUGUGUGACAGUAAAGAUGACGUGAAGUGGUUCUGUAAUGACUGUCAAGAGGCUUUGUGUGACCGCUGUAAAGAAGGUCAUCAACGAGGAAAGAAGACACGGAACGAUGACGUCGUACACAUACAACAGGCAAACAAACAUAGCGGGGCGGUACUGCAAGAGGUUUGUAAGAUACAUCCAGGGAAAUCAAGCGAUCUGUUCUGUACAGAGUGUAAUGUCGUGAUGUGUUCAUUGUGUUUUACCCAAAAACAUAAGCAACAUGCAUUCAAACAUUUUGAAGACGAAGUUGCCUCACAGCAACAGUUAUUGUGUAACCAGUUACAAACCCUGAAACAAACAUUAGACCAGUUCAAAAAACAUAUAGCAAACCGUCAGAAAGCGAGGCAACAGUUCGAAGACAGUGCAGAUAUUAUCCAGAAAGACGUCAAAGAACAUGGGUCGAGAUUGAAAGCAGAGAUUGAUUCUAUUGUCACCACCAUUCUGGAAGAAUUAUCAUCAAUAGUUGAUGAAGAAGACAACAUUUUCAAACAGGAUGGUCUGCCUGAUGAGAACAAAGUAAAAGAGAUUGAAAAACUUAUCAUAGAAGUGGAGCAGAAUUCGGAACCCGUGUCCGGUAAAGCUUUGUUUAACCUGACGGGGAGGCUCAGGGCAAUUAUUCCGCGUUUUGUUUUUGUUCAGAGGAGUGUUACACCGUCCCCGCCAUUCUUUGUAACCGGUCAGCCUGAUUCCAAACGAUUAAAGGCAAUGAUCGGUCAUUUUCAGCACGAGAAUGAGAAUGAAUUAGAGUUAUGUUACGAGAGAAAGGAAAUAAAAAGUCAAUGUGUGCAACUACUUGCCACAUUCCGAGUCCCUGAACAAAACAGCAUAUUAUCAAUUUGUACUUCGGACGACGCUCAUGCAUGGUUAUCAGUCAAUAGAUCCAGGGAAGUUGAUCAAAGUCGAUAAAAUGGGAGAAGUCCAUCAGUCCGUUCAACUAGAUUUCGAACCAUGGAGUCUCGCUUUGACCAACACACAAGAGCUACUUAUGACGCGCAAUGAUGUUUCACCACUGAUUCAUAAACUAUCCGAGGACAGACGAGUAACGACAUUUGCUAGCACAAGCCCAGCAAAAGCCUGGAACAUCAGUGUUAGUGACAGUGAUGAGGUAUUCGUAAGUACCAACUCUAGAGAAAUAUUGGUGCUGAACAUGUCCGGGGACAGGGUCAAACAACUCUCGUGUGGUCAGGACUGGUGCCGUAUUGCGUGCUUGACUACUGGAAUUGUUGCAGUUAUCACCGAUGGUGUUUACUGGCAAAAACCGAAAAUCAUUGAUAAAUCUGAUCAGGUCAUACACACGUGGAGUGGAAAGCUGGACAGUGGUAAAUCCAUUUUACGGAAGGGACAGAAUAGUAUAGCGUGUGAUAACUUUGGCAGAGUGUUUGUACCUGACACUUACAAUAACCAGGUAUACGUCCUUCCCCCGCGUAAUGAUACAAUGGCUCUAUUGGACAAGAAACAUGGGAUAACAUCCCCAACAGCUGUUUGUGUAGACAAAUGCGGGGAUGUUUGGCUCGGCUGUAUUGAUGGCACAGUACAUGUGAUGCAGCUGUGAACUAACGAGAGUCAAAGACUGACAAAUCAAAAUCGGCGUUACAAACUGCGAUGUCAAAGUUACAAGACUUUUUAAGCCAAUAAAAAUGCUUGUUACAAGCAGUUUUAACAUAUUUCAAGAGAUGAAAACAAUUAAUGAUAUAGAUACUAUUCGGCGAGAUAUAUGUUAUUACUAUAUCAUGAGUAGCACCAGUGACUAUGCUUAAUAUGAUUAUUAUUUAUAUUUUGAUAGCUUUUUUUUCUUCUUACUAAUUAAAAUACUUUGAAAUUGUGAUUUCUGGAUUUUGCAAUUUUAGAAAUGAAUUGUAUUCAUGGUAUUUUUUGUAAAUACAUUACUACUUAAAGGUCAGAAUACAGGCUUCAACGUUGAAUGGUUUUAUUAUGGAAACAUGAUAUACGUAAAUUUUGAUACGGCUUCUGUUAUGGACCAACAUACUGUAAAAUCAGUUAUUUUGGCGUACACAAUGUUCAGCGUUUAACCGAUGAACAAAUUAGUGCAAUGAGGAAUUACCUCACCACAAAUGCUUGCUGUAGAAAAUAAUAUAAACAAAGUGAACAAACAUAAAUUUAUCUUAUGUUAUCAGUACGAAAAAUGCUAGAAUAUAAUAACCGUUGGACUUUUACAAUCAUUUGUUAAGCUUUUAUUUUACAAAAUAAAUUAUAUAUAGUUA